GUCUCACACACUCCUCCAACACGCCGAACUUCUUCUCUCAAGAUGACUGCAGGGCUCUGUGUGUGUUUCCUGCUGGCGGUCCUGUGUACAAGCUGUUUGGGACUCCCGUUCUCCUCCCAUCCCUCAGAUGAAGGCCAGCGCUCCAUCUCGGCUCCGUCUGCAGCUCUCCUGGAGGCAGGCACCUACAGUUUGGGAGAGCACCACCGCCGGCACAGUCGCUCCAGCCCCCAGCUGAAAGCUCUUCCUCUGGCUGAGGAAGAUCCAGACUCCCGUGCAAACCUCAGCGAGCUGCUUGCAAGACUCAUCUCCUCCAGGAAAGGAUCUGUGCGCAGAAACUCCACAGCAAACAUCAGAGGAGCUGGCCUGAGCGCCAACCACAGGAUAGCAGACAGGGACUACUUGGGCUGGAUGGAUUUUGGCCGGCGCAGCGCGGAGGAGUACGAGUACUCCUCGUAAAGGGAAGCUGCAGCUCCUGCCUCCUCCACGCAGGCACACGACGAUCAGCAGCCAGAAAAACCCACGCUGGCUGGCUCCUCACUGUCUCACAAUAAAAAGUCUAUUUAUGAUGUAUUUGUUGUACAUUUGUUUGUAAAACUGUAAUAAUGCAAUAUUCAUACGAUAUGCCACAUUCUGAAGAAAAACCCUCACUGUUUGUUUCUGGUUUGUUUCUCUUGUUUCUUUGUCAUUUGGGAAGGAGAAGAUUUUGGUGUGCUGAGACCGACUGGACUGAAUAAAG